UUGACUCAGCUGUUCAUCAACUUCUUGGGGGGAAAAAAAAUGGAUGAAACGAUUGAUGAUAUUCAGAGCGAUUGGACAAAUGGUUUAGAAAAAUAUCCAAUAUAUUGCAGAGAUAAUGGAAAAUAUAUAACACGAGACACGAAAUUUCAGUAUGUAAAGCACAAUAUCCCAGGCCCUGGCACACAAUGGGAGAAAUUUGAAUCUCUGUUUGAAGGUUGUUCUUGUAAGGAAUGCCUCAGCGACUGUCCCUGUAUCCAGCGCUUUGGAAGGAAUUACUCAGAAGAUGGAAAACUCUAUAGUAAAUAUCUCCAUGGAGAAGAACAGAAAGUGAUUGUUGAAUGCAACAGCAACUGCACUUGUUCAAAAAACUGUGUGAAUAAAAAUGUUCAGCAUGGAGUACAGAUAAGACUUGAGCUUUUCUGCACUGCAAACAAAGGUGCAGGUGUUAAAACUCUUGAGGAUGUGAGUCCUGGAAUGUUUGUAUGUGAAUAUGCGGGGGAAAUUUUGACUUAUGAAGAGGCCAAGAAUCGUAGCUUAGCUCAACAGAAAAGAGACAUGAAUUACAUUAUAACUGUCAAUGAACACUGUAAAAGUGGGGUGAUAAAAACUCAUGUUGACCCCCGGUACUUUGGGAAUGUUGGCAGAUUUCUGAAUCAUAGUUGUGAUCCUAACUUGACAAUGAUUCCCAUUAGAGUUAACAAUGAAAUUCCCCUGUUGUGUUUGUUUGCCAACAGAAAAAUAAACACAGGAGAAGAGCUGACAUUUCACUAUGGACUUUCAAGUGAAAUAAACGUGAAAAACAAUACACAAUUGGAAGUAGAAGACUCAAAUUUAAUACCCUGUUUAUGCAAUGCACAAGGAUGUUCUGGUUAUCUGCCCUUUGAUAAGACUCUAUUUAAUGACCAUUAACUUAAAAAAC